AACUGCCCUCUGACCUACUGAUCACCGCAUAUAAACACAACUCUGUGCUUUGUACCGUAGUAAGAAACUAUCAGAGCCACUUGAGGUUUUAACUAAAAAUGCAGUGGGAAAUUGUGAAGGUUUUUUUAUUCCUCCAGCUUUUCUCAUAUGGAGACACGCUACCAGAUCCUUGUGACAGCCAGAUUUACUGUACUGGAGAAGUCCUCAAACAGAUGCAGAUGGCUCGGCUGUUUGAUGAUGACAAGUACUUUGUAGAUAUGAAGUUGACUGCUAAUCCUGAGGUCGUUGUGGAGGCUUUUGCCAAUCUGACCUCAGGGUUCCCAAACAAGAUCGUCCCAUCAUCAGAGUUACAGAAGUUUUUAAAUGUAUACUUUGAAGAGCCGGGUAAAGAGUUUGAGAUAUGGACUCCUACAGACUGGCAUGCUAAUCCAAAGUUCUUGUCCAAGAUUUCUGAUCUGAAGUACCGUAGCUGGGCCGAAGAACUGCACCGUUUGUGGAAGUCAUUAGGCCGAAAGAUCCGUGAUGAUGUCAGAGAUCACCCAGAGCUCUACUCACAGAUUUACACCCCACACCCAUUCAUUGUGCCCGGUGGUCGUUUCAGGGAACUUUAUUACUGGGACUCGUAUUGGGUAAUAAACGGCCUCCUUUUGUCAGAAAUGACAGAGACAGCACGAGGAAUGAUUUUGAACUUCAUGACCCUGGUGGAAAGAUACGGUUUUGUCCCAAACGGAGGCCGAAUUUAUUAUGAGCGGCGCAGUCAGCCUCCAUUUCUUUCCUUAAUGGUAGAACGCUUCUAUGAGGUCACUGGAGAUAAAGACUUCCUCAGGCAGGUUUUACCAGCCCUGGAGAAGGAAUAUAUUUUCUGGAUGCAGAAUCGCUCUCACGCUAUAACGAUGAAUGGUGUGACACACAUUCUGAAUAGAUAUAAUGUACAGGUGGGCGGACCCAGGCCCGAGUCAUACAGUGAUGAUGUCGAUCUGGCUGAGGGCCUUACAACAGAGGCUCAGCAGAAACUGUGGAUAGAAUUAAAAAGUGGAGCGGAGUCAGGCUGGGAUUUCUCUUCUCGUUGGUACAUAGACAGCCUGGGCAGAAAUACUGGCACCCUGCGUGACACACAGACCAGCUCCAUCCUACCUGCUGACCUCAAUGCCAUUAUGUGUCGCAAUGAGCGUCUGCUGGCAUCCUUCCACAGGAUACAGGGUAAUGAGCAGAAGGCAGAUGAAUAUGAUCAGGCGCUCUCUGCCAGAAUUAACGCGAUUGAAAGUUUACUGUGGGAUCCUGAGAAAAAGGUCUGGUUUGAUUUUAGCCUGGUGACCCAGUCCCGACACGCAUCCUUCUACCCGUCUAACCUGGCACCUCUGUGGGCAUACUGUUACUCUAAACCUGAGAUGGGAGAUCAGUCUAUGCAGUACCUUAAGGGAAGUGGUGGUUUGGAUUAUCCUAACGGCGUUCCCACCUCUCUGAGUGACAGUGGUCAGCAGUGGGAUAUGCCGAAUGCCUGGCCACCCCUUCAACACAUGAUUAUAGAGGGGCUGUCCGGCCUCGAUUCAGCCCACGCUAAAGAGCUCGCCUUCGAUCUGGCCCAGCGCUGGAUUCGCACCAACUGGCUGGCUUACGUCAAAUAUGAAGCUAUGUAUGAGAAGUAUGAUGUCAGCGGUGAUGGAAAGCCUGGAGGAGGUGGUGAAUAUGAAGUUCAGUUGGGAUUUGGAUGGACCAAUGGCGUCGCUCUUCAGCUGCUGAAUCAGUAUGGUGAUAGGCUGAGCUCUGGAGGGUGUGUCCUGAGUGCUACUGGUGUUCUGACUGGACUCAUCUAUCCCAUCUUAACAACCCUGCUUUGAAAAGCUCCUGUUCUGCUUGGAAGGCCGAUUGAGAGAACAUGAUAGAUCUCAAUCUCAAUUAAAGAGAAGCAGCAGAUUCAACUGAAUCAAUGUCUUUCUUACAUCUAUUGUCUUGUUGUCUUUUAUUUGCAGAAUAAAUACAUUUAGCUUUA